AUGCGCCGUGCUCUGGCUGCCGCACCACGGCUCCUCACUCAGCGAUCCUUGGGCCUUGCGCGCCAAAGACCAACCUUUGCAGCACAGUGCUUCUCCUUAUCUGCUCUGCGCAGACAAGAAGAGAGAAAAUGGUCUACACCACUAGCUAAACAGCUCUUUGAAGCCAUCUCUACAACAGGUACAGUCCCGCUGGCAAGCUUCAUGCGCAUGUGCCUCACGGGCGACGUGGGAGGCUACUACACCGGGGCCAUUGGGGAGGGCAGAGACCAAUUUGGUCUCAAGGGCGACUUUGUGACAUCUCCAGAAAUUUCGCAAGUUUUUGGCGAGCUGAUUGGCAUCUGGUUCGUCGCAGAAUGGAUGAGCCAAGGCCGGCCCAAGGAUGGGGUCCAGCUGAUUGAGGUUGGACCUGGAAGAGGAACUUUGAUGGACGACAUGCUCCGAACUAUUUCGCGCUUUCCGGACAUGGCUAAUAGCAUAGAAGCCGUCUAUAUGGUUGAAGCAAGUCCUGAGCUGAGAUCUACACAGAAGGAUCUCCUCUGCGGCCCGGGAACACCAACCACGGAAUCCAAAGCUGGCUAUCAUAGUACGGGGAAAUAUAACAAUCUCCCGAUUGUCUGGACACAGACCAUCAAGUCUGUUCCCAUGGAACACAACAAGACUCCUUUCAUAGUUGCGCACGAGUUCUUUGACGCGUUGCCCAUACACAGCUUCCAGUCCGCCAAAGUCGCAGUCAAGCCACCGCCGCCACAGAUCUCUGGAAGCCCUGCUCCGCCGCCGCCCGCCCGCGCUGCCGAACCGGACGCGGCCGCCACCCCCAAGAUGGAGUGGCGCGAGAUGAUGGUGUCGCCGACCGCCCCCGGCACCAGCAGCGCCAAGACCGCCUCCUCCAACUAUCGCUUCGACCCCGCCGCCGACGCGCCCGCCGAGUUUGAGCUCACGCUCUCCCCCGGCACCACCCGGCACUCGAGGUACCUGCCCGAGUCCUCACCGCGCUACCGCCGGCUCAAGCAGACCGAGGGCGCUGUGGUCGAGGUCUGCCCCGACGCCGCGCUCUACGCCGCCGACUUUGCCGCGCGCAUCGGCGGCAGCAGCAGCAGAAACAGCACGCACAACAAGCGGCCAUCGUCAUCGCCGCGCGGCGCCGCCCUCAUCCUCGACUACGGCCCCGCCGACACCGUGCCCGUCAACUCGCUGCGCGGCAUCCGUCAGCAUAAGAUCGUCAGCCCGUUCGCCGCGCCGGGCCUCGUCGACCUCUCCGCCGACGUCGACUUCGCCGCCAUCGCCGAGGCCGCCACGCUCGCCAGCGACGGCGUCGAGGUCCACGGGCCCCUGCCGCAGGCCGACUUCCUCGAGCAGAUGGGCAUCCGCGAGCGCGCGGCCGCGCUCGCCCGCGGCGCGGACCGUGAGGCCGCCGAGGCCAUCGACAAGGCGUGCCGGCGCCUCGUCGACCGCGGGCCGAGCGGCAUGGGCAAGGUGUACAAGGUCAUGGCCAUCCUGCCGGAAAAUGAUGGUCAGCGGCGGCCGGUGGGGUUCGGCGGCGAUGUGAGCGGCUGA